UGCGGGCUGCCGGGCGGCCGGCGGAGCAGCACAGCCCGACAGUCGCGCCCGUAGCGCCGAGGGGCGGCCGGGCAGCGCCGCCGCCAUGUCGCUGGGCACCGCGGAGCCGGCCUCGGAGACGGGAGAUGACAGUCUGUCCGCAAUUACCUUUGACUCUGACUUUGAGACGAAAGCAAAAAGGAAAAGUUCCCACAAACCUCCACCCACAUCACCAAAGUCACCUUAUCACUCUAAACCGAGGAAAGUGGCAUCCUGGAGAUCUGUGAGGACAGCAGCAAGCGUGCCUCUGGGUACCAGAAUGUCCUUGACCCCACAGAAGCUGUGGCUGGGAAGCUCGAAGCAAGGAAGUCUGACCCAGCCCCUGAAGUCAGACCUGACCUUGGAGCAUGCAUGGGCCAGCCCCCCCAGCACAACUCCCGACUAUCUGGCAGCAGCCUUAAGAGUGAAGAGGUCCAAUCUCAGGCAUUCUGCCAGCAACGGUCAUGCUCCCAGGACCCCUAUCUACAGAGAAAAAGAAGACAUGUAUGACGAGAUCAUUGAGCUGAAGAAGUCCCUGCACAUGCAGAAAAGCGAUGUGGACGUCAUGAGGACAAAGCUCCGGCGCCUAGAGGAGGAAAACAGCAGGAAGGACCGGCAGAUCGAGCAGCUCUUAGACACAUCCCGAGGCCCGGAUUUUGUUCGGACUCUGGCAGAGAAAAGGCCCGACGCUGGCUGGGUCAUUAAUGGGCUAAAGCAGAGGAUUCUCAAGCUGGAGCAGCAGUGCAAGGAGAAGGACCACAUGAUCAACAAACUGCAGACCGAUAUGAAGACCACUAACUUGGAGGAGAUGAGGAUCGCCAUGGAGACGUACUAUGAGGAGAUUCACCGUCUCCAGACUCUCUUGGCGAGCUCCGAGACUGCAGGAAAGAAGGCUCCAGGGGAGAAGAAGACGGGCCUCAGGAGGCAGAAGAGAGUGAGCAGCGCCCUCCUGAGCUUGUCUCGGAGUGUCCAGGAGCUCACUGAGGAGAACCAGAGCCUGAAGGAGGACCUGGACCGUGUACUGAGCAACUCCCCCACUGUCUCCACCAUCAAGGGUUACGUGGAGUGGAGUAAGCCCCGGCUGCUCAGACGGAUCACGGAGCUGGAAAAAAAAGUAAAUUCGAUGGAAGGCCCCAAACCACAGGCCUCUGGAGCAGACAAGUCAGAUGGCCCGGUGCAGUCUGCGUCCAGCUCCGCCGUGCCCCGGCAGCAGCGAUGUGACUGGCACCAGGAGAGCGAGCAUCUCCGGGAGGCGGUGCGGAGCCUGAGAGGCGAGCGGAAUGCCCUGCAGGGGCAGCUGCAGGAGAAAGAUUUGGAAGUGAGACAGCUGCUACAGACAAACGCCGACUUGCAGAAGGAGCUGGAGAGCGUAAAGGAAAGUGAAGAGGAGAGAAGAGGAAGAGAGGAGGCUUUGAGAGAGGAAAUUCAAACACUUACCAGGAAGUUUCGAGAACUGGAAGAAAUCAAGCGAGAAGAAACCGACGACCCCAUGGAAACGACUGCCGAGACCCCAGAAGAGCCCGGACUGUCACUUCCCUCCAGCAGGCCCUGUCAGCAGGAUGCUGAGCCAGACACAAGCGAGGAGGGCUUCUCCUGGCCCCCAUCCACCUGCUCCGAGGGCCGAAGAGACACGGCGGCCAGGGUCGUGCAGAGCCGGUGGAGGGCAUACAGACACCAGAAAAAAAGGGCUGUUCUGGACGAGGCAGCUACGGUGCUUCAGGCGGCAUUCAGAGGACAUCUCACGCGGGCGAAGCUAUUAGCAAGCCAAGGGCAUGCUUCGGGGCUCCCCGGCCUGCCCAGCCAGGACCCUCUGUCACCACGUGUUCCGAGCCCCACCGUCCAGGCGGAGGGCAGCCUGGGACAGGAGGAGGCUGUCACCGCCAUCCAGUCCGUCCUCCGGGCGCACCUGGCACGGAUCAGGCACAGUGCCGCCAGUCAGAGGACCAUCACCACAGCGUCCAGGAGAAGGCCCCUUCCAGCCACACACAGCCAGCCGUCGUCUCCACCCUGGCCUGCCUCCUCUCCUGCUCAAGAGGACAGUGAAGCGAGCAGCGGGGAGACCGUGGACGGGCCGGCGGCCGAGGCCGAGGCACCGGGGAAGCCAGCAGCCAUGCAGCCCUGCUCCGGGCUGUCCUCUCCCUCGGGACUGGGACCCGCGGACGACGGCAGCUCCGACGACUCCGAUGAGAUUGUGGUGGCUCCGGCUAUGGCCGUGCGGAAGGCCACUUCCCCACCCUAGGCCCCGGGCCUGCCCCUCACACGGCGACAGCCCUGCAGGGAAGCUCAGGGUUCAGAGGAUGAAGUGCGUCCUAACUAUGACUGGAAAGUAUUUUAUCUUGUUAGGAAAGAGCUCCCUGCUCCACACACACCUCAGUGCCCUCAUCGGUUCUUCUCUUCUGUUGCGUUUGGUCACCUUUUUGGUUGGUUGUUCAGGGAACCCUGAGUGCCUUGAUUUCAUCUCCGGGAAGGGCCAGCUGGGCUGGUUCUCAGUGUCAGACACACAGCCGCUUCUGCCUGGGCAGGGCAGCGGGGAGCCCUGCACACACGUGCUCAGGAGCGGCUUCCUGGGCACCUCCAGCCAGGAACCCUGCACUCACGUGCUCGGGAGCAGCUUCCUAGGCACCUCUGGCCGGGAGCCGGAAGACCAGCCUUGUCUAGAGCCGCGCCGACGGCACCUUCUUCCUCUCCCACAUCUUCUCCAGCACCACGUGCUCUGAUCUCCACCCAGUAAGUAGGUGAAGCAGGAUAUGCCGGGCCGUACCUUCUGGAAGAGAGAGACGGGACAGACCCCUGUGACAGGGCAUGGCGUUUCCAAGUCUCAUGAGACAUGAAGACGUCGGGGCCCCAAGAUGGGCUCAUGGUCCUCAGGCUCCUCCUCCUGCCCCUCUCCACACAGACCUUCACCUGCCAUCGUCCCCACUCCCAGGGCCCUGUCCCCAAGAGCUGCUGUGCCCAGGAAGGAGUUUGGCAGUAUGUUGUCAGUGGGUAGAUCAAGCCUUAAAAAGUACCAAACUCUAACCACAAAGUAGCAUCAGGUUUGCCUUUGAGAAGUGCAGCGGGGUGGCUGUCCCCAGGCCCCGGGGCAGGGCAGGAGUGCUGCUGGGCUCACCCUGGGGAGGGAUCAGAGUGGCCACAGGUGGGGGGCGCCCUAGGCCCUUGCUGCAUGCAGGCCCUGGCUCCCGCCCAGGCUGUGCCACAGAGCUCCCCCUUUGUCUGCAAGGUCAGCCCUUGCUCAUGGGACCGCAAAGAGCCUCAGGCAUGGGUGCGAUGUCAAAGGCACCUAGAGCCCCGUGCCCCCAGGUUGGGCAUCCUAGUCUCCCCGGGCCCACAGCUGCUGUUAGGAAGCUCAUUCUGGCCGGGACGGAGUGUGCCGGCUGCACUGUUUCCAAGGUCAAACUUGGGGAGUAGGUAAUUCUUCUCUGGGGAAAACUUUGGGCCUCCUCCCUGUGGUCAGGAAGCUUCUGGCACCAGGACCAGCUGGGUGUGCAGCGUCGCCCACCUGUGUCCACCCCGGGACCACCCGGCCCGGCUGCGUCCGUACAACAGCUGGAGAAAAAGCUCAGCCAGAAGGCUCGGCUUGUUUAGUCUCGUUUGCUCAGUCUGUGGGCUGCGAAGUCCAUUUUCUUGUUUUUUGUCUCUCUCACUGGACCGAUUGGUAACUGGACCGAAUUCACCGCCAUCCCUGGCUUGUUUCAUGCGUGGGGUCUGUUCCCUACUGACCGGACCACCCUCAUCUGGGUCCCGAGCUCAGAGCUAAGGUUCUGUAGGGGCUGGGCAAGCCCUGGGGGCCUGCCCGGCACUCAAACAACGGGCAUCUCCAUCCUACUCAUCACUUGGGCCUGGAGAACAAGGCCCCGCGUGGUGUCCAGGCUGGCCUGUGCGCCUGUGUUUUCCAAGGAGACACCCUCAAGCAUUGUAAAUAUGUACAUUCGUCUGCCUGUGCGCUUCUUCUUGUUGAUCUAUUAAAAGCAAACAUUUUCAAAGCUGCCUCAGUCACUGA